AAUGAAUGCAGCAAGUGUUUCAGAGAAAGAAGAGCUCUAGUAAUCCAUGAAAGGAUUCACACGGGGGAGAGACCAUAUAAAUGUUCUGAAUGCAGCAAGAGUUUCACAACAACUAGUAGCCUUAGACUUCAUCUGUUAGUUCACAAAGAAACAAAACCAUAUAAAUGUCCUGAAUGCAAUAAGUAUUUCAGACAAAGGAGGAAUCUAAUAAUACAUGAAAGGACUCACGUGGUAGAGAAACCAUAUAAAUGUACUGAAUGCAGCAAGGGUUUCACAACAACUAGUAGCCUUAGACGUCAUCUGUUAGCUCACAAAGAAGAGAAACAGUAUAAAUGUCCUGAAUGCAAUAAGUGUUUCAGACAAAGAUGGAUUCUAGUAAUACAUGAAAGGACUCACACGGGGGAGAGACCAUAUAAAUGUCCCGAAUGCAAUAAGUGUUUCAAACAAAGGGGGAAUCUAAUAAUACAUGAAAGGACUCACACUAGGGAGAGACCAUAUAAAUGUCCUGAAUGCACCAAGAAUUUCGCAACAACUAGUAACCUUAGAGUGCAUCUGUUAGUUCACAAAGAAGAGAAACCGUAUAAAUGUCCUGAAUGCAAUAAGUGUUUCAGACAAAGAGGGACUCUAGUAAUACAUGAAAGGACUCACACUAGGGAGCGACCAUAUAAAUGUCCUGAAUGCACCAAGAAUUUCACAACAACUAGUAACCUUAGAGUGCAUCUGUUAGUUCACAAAGAAAAGAAACCAUAUAAAUGUCCUGAAUGCAAUAGGUGUUUCAGUCAAAGGGGGAAUCUAGUAAUACAUGAAAGGACUCACAUGGUAGAGAAACCAUAUAAAUGUGCUUAUUGCAGCAAGGAUUUCACAACAACUAGUAGCCUUAGACUUCAUCUAUUAGUUCACAAAGAAAAGAACUGUAUAAAUGUCCUGAAUGCAACAAGUGUUACAGACAAAGGGGGACUCUACUGCUGUUCAGAUGAUGUCCUUGGAUGUCUGGUUGCAAAAGUGAAAAGUGAACAUGCUGUUAAUUUGGAAAAAUACAUCGCAGAAGAGUUUGUAAAACUGCACCAGUUUCUCCAUGACAAGGAACAAAAACUCAUUCAACAACUUAAAAGCAAAGUAUCAGAAGUUCAGAGAGAGAUAGAAGAAAAUCUUGAAUGCAUUAAAACUGGCAUUACAGAAAUCCACUCAGCAGUAUCUGAUACUAACUUUGAAAUCAAAACAGAAGUAGAGGUUCUGGAAGUUCUGGAAGAGAGAAAUGAUGACACAGAUGAUCUGACAUCCACUGAGGAAUCAGUUUCUGGUGACACAUCAGAACAUGGAAAACACAAACCUAAUGGAGUUCUAUCAAUCUCUAUAAAAAUGGACAAUUUAGAAAACAUCAUGGAAAAUAUGAAGAAAGAGAGUAAAAAGCAGAUAGAAGACUUAAAGGAGAUUAUUUCUAAACAUUCAGAACAAAUAACAGGAUUAGAAGAGUCUGUAAAUGAAUUAGAUGGAAGACAGAUGGAGAAUGACAACCAAAUAAAUACUCUAUUGAACCAAAACAACGCAUUAAUAGAGAAAAUGGAGGACCUAGAAUCAAGAUCAGGGAGAAAUAAUAUCAGAAUUUAUGGAGUCCCUGAAAAGUCAGAAGGAAAUAACAUGGUUAUGUUCUUGAAUAACUGGCUGCCUAAGACCUCAAAAAAAGCUGAUAUAAAAGCCCAGUUACUUUUUCCAGCCAGAAUAAAAAUCACACUUCCUGAUGGCCAAAAAGUUUUUAACAAUAUUGAGGAUGUGACAGACUUUGUCAGAAAACACAAGUUACUUGACAAAAUAGAAGAUAUGGAUUUGUCACUACCCAGUUUAAAGAGACAAGCUAAUAAUGGCAAGGCAACACUGAAAGACAAAAACACCAAAAAACUUAAAGGGAAGGCGGACACGGAUCUGACAACAGAUACUAGGAAUUUCACACUUAAAAGGUCAAGUACUUUCAUACCACCUAGUAAUCCAGUUAUUUAUCUUUUUGAAAUGCUAUGUGAAACACAAAUAAGAAAAGUAUGGAAGGAAACGCAUUUGACAGAAGACAACUUAACAACAGCAGAAAGAUACUGUUUGAGAGAAUUAAGUAUGUCCAGUGAUUUAAGAAUUAUGAAGCCCGAUAAAGGGGGUGGGGUAGUGAUUAUGAGUAAUGUGGACUACCAGCACAAAAUGAUUUGCAUGUUAAGUGAUGACACUACGUAUAUACCAGUCUCAAGAUAUGAUAUGAUUAAAGCCUACACAAAAAUUGACUGGUUAUUAUACGGUUUGCUUACUGAAGGUACAUUGGAUGAAUUGAAAGAAUUUGUUACAUAUUUAGAGAGUACUACUACGUUUUUAAAGUUUACUUACAAUAUUAGUAAUGAAGAAUGUGAAUACCUGGAUAUAAAAUUAAGGAAAACUAAAGAAAAUAUAGAAUCAAAUAUUUAUCGAAAAAAGACAUUUUCCAACUCCUAUCUUCAUUUUAAGAGCUGUCACCCUUAUUUCCAAAAAUACAAUUUGGUUAAGGGACAAAUGGUGAGACUGUCGAGGAUUAUUAGUGAGGAUGAGGAGUUUUUUCAACAGCUAGACAUUCUAUCAAAUAUGUUUUUAGAUAGGGGUUAUCCCAACAACAUCUUGGAUCAAAUUAAAAAGGAAGUUGGAGAAAAAAUAUUUAUUAACUUUAAGCCUAUACUAAAAUAUGGUAUUUGUAAGAAUAAACUAGAAAACGAGAAAAAAGGUCAAAACCUUUCUUGUGCAUUGGUUUUACCUUACACUAGUAACAUUAAAACAAUGUCAGAUGGCAUAAAAGAGACUUGGAAGAACUUAUUCAACAAUCAAACAGAAAUAAUGAAAUGUUUAGGUGAUGAAGCUAAGAUUGUUUUUAGUAGAGAAUACCUCAAAAUUGUGUUAAAGAAGGAGAUGUUAAUAGAACAUGCUGUUAAUUUGGAAAAAUACAUUGCAGAAGAAUUUGUAAAACUGCACCAGUUUCUCCAUGACAAGGAGCAAAAACUCAUUCAACAGCUUAACAGCAAAGCAUCAGAAAUUCUGAGAGAGAUGGAAGAAAAUCUUGAAUGCAUUAAAACUGACAUUACAGAAAUUCACUCGGCAGCAGUGUAUGAUACUAACUUUGAAAUCAAAACAGAAGUAGAGGUUCUGGAAGUUCUGGAAGAGAGAAAUGAUGACACAGACGAUCUGACAACCACUGAGGAAUCAGUGUCAGGUGACACCUCAGAACAUGGAAGACACAAAGCUAAUGGAGUUCUAUCAAAACGUGCUGUAAAUUUGGAAAAAUACAUUGCAGAAGAAUUUGUAAAACUGCACCAGUUUCUCCAUGACAAGGAGCAAAAACUCAUUCAACAGCUUAACAGCAAAGCAUCAGAAAUUCUGAGAGAGAUAGAAGAAAAUCUUGAAUGCAUUAAAACUGGCAUUACAGAAAUUCACUCAGCAGCAGUGUAUGAUACUAACUUUGAAAUCAAAACAGAAGUAGAAGUUCUGGAAGAGACAAAUGAUGACACAGAUGAUCUGACAACCACUGAGGAAUCAGUGUCGGGUGAUACAUCAGAACAUGGAAAACACAAAGCUAAUGGAGUUCUAUCAGCUCCAGAAUCCUUUGAGGAUGUUGCUGUUACUUUCUCAGCAGAGGAGAUGAAGAUGUUAACAAAACAAGACAAGGAGCUUCAUAAGGAAGUGAUGUUAGAGAACUAUGAAACCUUAGUUUCAGUAGGUUACAAGAUCCCCCCAGAGGCAUUGUUAGUGCUACUUAAAGAAGAUAAUCCUGAACUGGCAGUGAAUGACAAGGAGGGGAUAAAAAGAACAGAACAAAAGAAUAAUUUUAAAGAAAAGCCUGACAGCAAUGGGAGCAGAGAAUGGAGCAUUUCCUGGAGUCAGCAGCCAUCACUAGGAGUAUCUGUUUCACGUUAUCCUACAGCGAACCUGCAGCACUCUGUUCAAACUCUGAAGGGCUCCGACAAGCAUCCUGUUAUACCUGUAGCACAGCUUCAUCCAGGAUACACCUGCAACAUGAACUCUGAAUGGGACCCAUGUUCUAUACUACAGCAAAGUCCAUUAGUAUGCCGGGGAGCUAACAAAGAAAAGAAACCAUAUAAAUGUCCUGAAUGCAAUAAGUGUUUCAGACAAAGGAGGAAUCUAGUAAUACAUGAAAGGACUCACAUGGUAGAGAAACCAUAUAAAUGUGCUGAAUGCAGUAAGGGUUUCAGACAAAGGGGGAAUCUAGUAAUACAUGAAAGGAUUCACACAGGAGUGAGACCAUAUAAAUGUCCUGAAUGCAGCAAGUGUUUCAAACAAUUCAGUCAUCUAACAGCGCACAAAAGGAGUCACAUUGAGAGAACAUAUAAAUGUCCUGAAUGCACCAAAGGUUUCACAAGAACUAGUAACCUUAGAGUGCAUCUGUUAGUUCACAAAGAAAAUAAAGUAUAUAAAUGUCCUGAAUGCAAUAAGUGUUACAAACAAAGGGGGAAUCUAGUAAUACAUAAAAGGACUCACAUGGUAGAAAAACCAUAUAAAUGUGCUGAAUGCAGCAAGGGUUUCACAACAACUAGUAGCCUUAGACUUCAUCUGUUAGUUCACAAAGAAGAGAAACCGUAUAAAUGUCCUGAAUGCAAUAAGUGUUUCAGACAAAGAGGAACUCUAGUAGUACAUGAAAGGACUCACACUAGGGAGAGACCAUAUAAAUGUCCUGAAUGCACCAAGGAUUUCACAACAAAUGGUAACCUUAGAGUGCAUCUGUUAGUUCACAAAGAAAAUAAACCAUAUAAAUGUCCUGAAUGCAAUAAGUGUUUCAGACAAAGGGGGAGUCUAGUAAUACAUGAAAGGAUUCACACAGGGGAGAGACCAUAUAAAUGUCUUGAAUGCAAUAAGUGUUUCAGACAAAGGGGGAAUCUAGUAAUACAUGAAAGGACUCACAUGGUAGAAAAACCAUAUAAAUGUGCUGAAUGCAGCAAGGGUUUCACAACAACUCGUAGCCUUAGACGUCAUCUGUUACUUCACAAAGAGAAAACGUAUAAAUGUCCUGAAUGCAAUGUGUUUCAGACAAAGAGGGACUCUAGUAAUACAUGAAAGGACUCACACGGGGGAGAGACCAUAUAAAUGUCCUGAAUGCAAUAAGUGUUUCAGACAAAGAGGGACUCUAGUAAUACAUGAAAGGACUCACACUAGGGAGAGACCAUAUAAAUGUCCUGAAUGCACCAAGGAUUUCACAACAACUAGUAACCUUAGAGUGCAUCUGUUAGUUCACAAAGAAAAUAAACCAUAUAAAUGUCCUGAAUGCAAUAAGUGUUUCAGACAAAGGGGGAAUCUAGUAAUACAUGAAAGGAUUCACACAGGAGUGAGACCGUAUAAAUGUUCUGAAUGCAGCAAGGGUUUCACAACAACCAGUAACCUUAGACUUCAUCUGUUAGUUCACAAAGAAAAGAACUGUAUAAAUAUCCUGAAUGCAACAAGUGUUACAGACAAAGGGGGACUCUAGUAAUACAUGAAAGGACUCACACGGGGGAGAGGCCAAAUAAAUGUCCUGAAUGCAGCAAGGGAUUCACAACAACUGGUAGCCUUAGACUUCAUCUGUUAGUUCACAAAGAAAAGAAACCAUAUAAAUGUCCUGAAUGCAAUAAGUGCUUUAACCAAAGGGUGAAUCUAGUAAAACAUGAAAGGACUCACACAGGGGAAAGCAAACUCUAAAGAUUUGGAGAAAUUAAAAAAAGGGAAAGCAACCUUUAAAGAAGGAAAACUGCAGCACCAGGAAAACAUCAGUUUGAGACAAGAAUGUGAUGUAAAAGAACUUGAGCAAGAGAGAGUAUAUAAAUACUUUGGAACUGAUUAAGGAUCAACAAUAAAAUAUGAACAAAUGUGAGUAAAACUUAGCAAGGAGUACUUUAGAAGAGUGGAUAGAUGAACAAUUCAGCAAGCAUAGGAGAUUAGUAGUGCUAAAGUUGAAUUCAUCCUCAAGUCUUGGCGAGUACCUUCACGGGGUGGACCCUGUUUUUUUACAAAAUCUCACAAAGGUCACACUGAUAUAUAGAAUGUAUUUAGCACAUAUCAUGG